AUGCGCGCCGUAUACCAUGCCUUGACCUCAGCCUCCAAGCAGGUGAGGCCGUCACUCGCGACGAGCAGCCACAUUCGUUCUUUUCAUGCGUCUUCAGCUAUGCUCGCACGCCGCACGAAAAUGGAGGAGAAGAUUACCGCUACCGAUGCUCUAGAACUGCUGGACGAUGAAUUCGACGACGACGACACUGCUUCCUCCGGCCAUAUGAUGCUCAGGCAGCAUAGGCAGAUACUCCACUACCUUCGUCUGAUAGAGCACGAGAUGCCGAAGCUCGUCGCCUUCCGAAAACCGUUUGUUCCUCCGGACUCGUCAACCCCGCUUCAUGUUCGCUCGCUGGACUAUGCAGGGGAAGAGCAUCCGGCAGCAUUGAAACGCGUUCUUGUUGUUGCGGUCGACGAUCUACCUCUCGCCGGCCAGCAUGCUGUUCACAAGCUGAAACUCCUGGCUGGUCCGAGAUGGACGCCAAAUCCCCCGACCGAUGCUGGGGUCAGUCGGGAAAAGGAAUGGGGCAAUGGCUACGUGAAGAUAUCAUGCGAAGACUUCCCGAAGCCUGCAAUGAACCUCAAGUGGGCAAGCGACGCGCUCGACCGGUUAGUCGCAGCAGCAAAUGAUGCAAGUGACACCUUCGCCAAACUUCCUCUUGACCUACGGCAUGUAUACGCCAAGGCUAGAAAGGCCAAGAAAGGUGAACAUCUUCGUGGUCGUGUCUUCCACCGACCCACAAUAAGAGACUUCCCCGCUGAAUGGUUACCUUCCGGUGGAGCCGUCGCUUCGUCCGGACCGCCUACAUCUAUUGCGUAG